AAGAAGGUGACCUUUGUGUACCUUGAAGAGCAGGACGAUGGGUCGUACAAGGUGCAGGGUGUUAAGGGUAGCGGUGAUAAGGAAACGAAAACAUCGGGCGCCGAUGUCGAUAGCAUCCUGAAGCGCAUCAAGAACGGUGAAAUUCAGUUACCUCCGUCGUCGGUUUCGUCAUCGAAGACGGCCACUCCAUCCGUGUACGUGGAGACCCCGAUUACGACGACCACACCUCGUUAUCAACCACCGGUGAAGAAGACCAAUUCCGUCACGAUCAUUCCGCACAGUACGCCGAUCGAGGAGCACCCAUCGACGGCGUACCUGUCCGGAAGUACGGUCCAGUUGACGGCCACUCCUGGGCCUUCCACAAUCUACGCCUCGACGGCAUCACCCUCCAGUCCGAGCUCGGUGACGGCCUUCCCUCCCGAGGCGUACUCUGGCAGUACUCUACCGAAGCAAACCUCGGCUCGUCUCGUAACGCCAGCCCCGGAACCGGGACACUUUGGUGGUGGUGCGGACAGUACGGCUCGUUUCUCUGAACCAAACUCCGUCUAUACUCAGCCAGCCGCAACCACCGCCAUUCCGACGCCAUCCGCCACGCCCGCACCAAGCGUUUAUCAAGCGACGGUCAGUACAGAGAAAUACUAUUCCGAUUCGACCGGUGCAGCGCAGCAACAGACGGCCAGUACUUACCGUCACCCGAACCACUUCAACGAUGCCGUCCCAACGGCAUCCGCUUCGGAAACUGUCACGCAGCAGCAACAGGACACUAGCAACGGCCUAGCAACGGAACAGCACAAGACGCAGGACGCUUCGAGUGACCCGCAGAACGAACUGCCGGCCAUUCUCAAGAAUAACGGACUAUUUGCCAUGGCCAAAUACCUCCGCCAGUCUGGACUCGAUACGAUCCUGAACGAAACCGGCCCCUACACGAUCUUUGUGCCGACCGACAAAGCCUUCCGCAGUCUUCUCGUCCAGCUAGGUGGCCCCGAGAAGGCCGAAGAAAAGUUCCGCAAUAAUCCCAGGCUACUGAGCGGGCUCCUGUUGCAUCAUGUUAUCCCUGGAUCGUUCGAAAUCGGUUCGCUGCAGGACGAGAUGACCGGUGUUUCGCUAGCGGGCACUCAGCUUCGUGUCAAUCAGUACAACAUGCACGACUCCGAAUGGAAUGACGUUAAGGUAACAACCAUCAACGGAGCGAUGGUGGUUCCGGACAAGCAGGACAUCGUGAUUCCUCAGGGUGUGGCUCAUGCCGUCGAUCGCGUCAUGUUCCCGCUUCCGGUUGGUGACAUUCUGCAAACCCUGCAAUCCGAUCGUGAGCGACGUUUCACGCACUUCCUACGAGCACUGUUUGCAUCGGGAAUGUCGGAUACUCUCCAGAACAAAGGUAUCAAAACGUACACAGUAUUCGCCCCAACCGAUGUAGCAUUUGCUCACCUUACGACGGAAGAGCUGACCAACCUAGUCACGGAGAAGGAACAGGCCGAGGAGCUGGUACGGAAGCACGUCGUCCCGGGAACGCUGUUCACGGCCGGCAUGCGUUUCUAUCAAGUGAAGGAUGCCAUGGCGGAAGGUAAAACGGUCACACUGCAGAAGAGUGGAGGGAAAAUCAAGGUGAACGAUGGCUACCUGCAGACAUCCAACAUUCCCACGACGAAUGGCGUCAUACAUGCGAUUGACUCGCUGCUCUAAGCAAUCCCGGCCGGCAUCCCACGCGCCCAUUAUCCCGUAGUCGUACACUCUUUUUGCAAACCGAUACCAGGGACCAACGUCUACCCGUUGUGUUGUUAAUUUAUUACGAAAAAUCACAAUCACGCCCACGAGAUUUGGAAAAAAAGAUCAAACAAACGUAACGAUCGGAAACGUGCGGCCUCAUCAACUUCACCCUAAAUUGCAUUCAGAAGGUUAACAAAAUUCGUGACCAUCCGGUUAUGCUGCAAUGAUUUCGCGAAACCUCGUAGAGAGAGACACAAAAUCAAUUCUUCCGGUUUAAAAGAUAAU